GAGGCGGUCGGUCGGUCGGUCACCAUGGUGGUGGCUUACAACAGCGAGCCCGGACUGCAGACCAUCCGUCGCGUUUAGACGUUCAAACACUAUUUAUAAAUGCUGCCAUUGACCCUCCGCUGCUUUGCAAAUGGCUUAAAAUGGAGAAUCACCCAACGCAUGGAUUGCACUUUGUUUUAAAAUGGAAAACUGAAGAAGCUAGAACAGCGAACAGGAGACAAACGGAAUGCUGAAAAAUGCACCCGUCUGCGUAAAACACAGACGUACCGCUGCAAAAACCUUUCAUUAACACAGAAUCGCCUGUCAAGUCCCAGCUGAAGCCUCAGCGGCUGGAGCAGGAAAAGCAGACUGUCUGGUUUUGUAAGACUGGGACGAGGGACAGUAAGAGAGUUGCUGGCUUAAGAUUGUGGCCUGGGGACAGGCUCUCCUCUGCAGUUGCUGCUAUAUAAAAGCGUCUUUGAACCACUAAAAAGCCAAUAGUGAGAUUCGUUUUGGAUUAUUUGACUUAACUGUUGUGCGCGAUUGUUUUGAAAACCAUGGCGUCCUAUGUGGAUAACAGUUUUCGGCAGGCGGUGAUGGUGAAUCCUUCAGACAGGACGCAACAGAACCUGGAGAUCGUUUAUUCCUACUUGCAUGGAAUGGAGGCGCUGUCCAAUCUUCGGGAGCACCAGCUGAGGAUAAUGUGUGAAACCAUCCGCUACGAAAGACAUGAAGCCAACGAAGUGCUCUAUUAUCCGGAUGACAUUGGCACGUGUUGGUACAUUCUGCUUUCUGGAUCGGUCUUCAUCAAAGAGUCCAUGUUCCUGCCACGCUCCAGUUUUGGGAAAAGGUCUGCUGGGAGUUUACGCCGUGGAUGUGAGUGCAUCGUUCUGGAGCCAUCCGAGAUGAUUGUGGUGGACUAUAUGGAUGAGAAUGAGGAGUAUUUCCAGCGGCAGGCAUCGCACCGACAGUCCCGCCGAAGGUUUCGCAAGAUCAACCAGAAGGGCGAGCGACAGACCAUCAUCGACACCGUAGAGCCAUAUCCCACCGGCAAGCCGCCCGUUGCACGGGGAUACCAUACGGAAUGCGUUAAGGCUCAGCUGCCGGCAGACUUCAGCAGAUUGCACCUGGCAGACGGGAUUCACCCGCAGGUGACACACGUUUCCUCCAGCCACUCAGGAUGUAGCAUCACCAGUGAUUCUGGGAGCAGCAGCCUGUCGGACAUUUACCAGAUGCUUUUAUCCAAAUCAUCUUACUCAAGUGCAUUUAAGGCCACCGAGAGUGAGCCCUGCGACAUGGACCUCAGUGGCCUGCCAGAGACAGCCGUUGACUCCGAGGAGGAUGAUGAUGAGGAAGAUAUCGAACGUGCCUCCGAUCCCCUCAUGAGUCGAGACAUUGUCCGAGACUGCCUGGAGAAAGACCCCAUGGACCGAACGGAUGAUGACAUAGAGCAACUGUUGGAGUUCAUGCACCAGCUACCGGCCUUUGCCAACAUGACCAUGUCUGUCAGGAGGGAGCUUUGUGCUGUCAUGGUGUUCGCUGUGGUGGAACGGGCCGGCACAGUCGUUCUUAAUGAUGGCGAAGAGCUGGACUCGUGGUCUGUGAUUCUGAACGGCUCAGUGGAGGUGACGCACCCAGAUGGCCGGACAGAAAUCCUGUGCAUGGGCAACAGCUUCGGUGUGUCCCCCACCAUGGAGAAAGAGUACAUGAAAGGGGUGAUGAAGACCAAGGUGGAUGACUGCCAGUUUGUUUGCAUAGCACAGCAAGAUUACUGCUGUAUCCUUAACCAAGUGGAGAAAAACAUGCAGAAAGUGGAAGAGGAGGGUGAGAUAGUGAUGGUGAAGGAACACCGUGAGCUAGACCGCACAGGCACCAGGAAAGGGCACAUUGUCAUCAAAGGCACACCAGAGCGUCUUACCAUGCACCUUGUAGAAGAGCACUCAGUGGUGGACCCCACCUACAUCGAAGACUUCCUGCUUACCUACCGCACCUUCCUGCCAAGCCCCAUGGUGGUAGGCAAGAAACUGUUGGAGUGGUUCCAUGACUCCAGCCUCAGGGACAAGGUUACACGGGUAGUCUUGCUGUGGGUGAACAAUCACUUCAACGACUUUGAGGGUGACUCUGCAAUGACUCAUUUUCUUGAGGAGUUUGAGUACAAUCUGGACAGAGAGAAAAUGUGUGGGCACCUAAGACUGUUAAACAUAGCAUGUGCUGCCAAAGCUAAGCUGCGGGUGGUGACCCUGACCAAACCCUCGAGGGAAGCACCCCUGUCUUUCACCCUGCUGGGGGGUUCAGAGAAGGGCUUUCGCAUUUUCAUUGACAGCGUGGAGCCAGGCAGCAAAGCUGCAGAGGCCGGCCUUAAACGAGGAGAUCAGUUACUAGAGGUCAAUGGACAAAACUUCGAAAAUGUGCCAUUAUCCAAAGCCAAUGAGAUUCUCAAAAACAACACGCACCUGUCCAUUACUGUGAAAACCAAUCUCUUAGUGUUUAAGGAGCUAUUGGCCAGGCCUGACCAGGACCAGGAGCUAGAACAGGAGGAGGAGCCAGACAGGAAGAAUGGGGCACCUCACAUCCCCAAAAUUGGGGACAUUAAGAAAGCCAGCCGCUACUCCAUCCCUGACCUGGCUGUGGAUGUGGAGCAGGUCAUGGGCCUUGAGAAAGCUAGUAAGAAAGCCAAGGCCAACACCGUAGGUGGCAGAAACAAGCUGAAGAAGAUCUUUGACAAGACACUGACCAGUAUUCUUCCACCCAAACCUUACAAUGAUGUUGGCGUGGGACAGUCACAGGAUGACAGUAUUGUGGGGCUAAAGCAGUCAAAGCAGAUCCCUCCUGCCCUUCCUGUAAGUGGAAACCUUUCAUCAAGCAACCCUGACCUGCUGCAGUCACACCAUCGCAUACUCGACUUCAACAACCAGCCUGACAUGUCAGACCAGGUAUUGAGAGUGUUCAAGGCAGACCAGCAAAGUCGGUACAUCAUGAUUGGGAAGGACACCACAGCAAAAGAAGUCGUAGCUCAGGCCAUCCGAGAGUUUGCCUUGACCGCUGCUCCUGAAGCAUAUUCGUUGUGUGAAGUGUCAGUCACUCCUGAGGGAGUUAUCAAGCAGCGGCGACUCCCUGAGCAACUCUCCAAACUGGCUGACAGGAUCCAGCUGAGUGGCAGGUACUACCUGAAAAGCAACAUGGAGACAGAGACACUGUGCUCGGAUGAAGAUGCCCAGGAACUGCUAAGGGAGAGCCAUAUUAGCCUGCUGCAGCUUAGCACGGUGGAAGUGGCGACCCAGCUGUCCAUGCGCGCAUUUGAGCUGUUCUGUGCCAUCGAGCCCACAGAGUACAUUGAUGACCUGUUCAAGCUGAAAACUCGCCUAACCAGACCCCCCAGCCUCAAGCUCUUUGAGGAUGCCAUCAAUCGGGAGACCUUCUGGGUGGCCACAGAGGUGGUCCGUGAGCCCAACCAGCUCAAACGCAUGAAGAUCAUCAAGCACUUCAUAAAGAUCGCACUGCAUUGCCGCGAGUGCAAGAACUUCAACUCCAUGUUUGCCAUCAUCAGUGGUCUGAACUUGGCACCGGUGUCCAGACUGAGAGGCACAUGGGAGAAAUUGCCCAGCAAAUAUGAGAAGCUGUUUAGUGAUCUUCAAGACCUAUUUGAUCCCUCCAGGAAUAUGGCAAAGUACCGGAAUCUUCUGAACAGCCAGAACCUGCAGCCACCCAUCAUCCCACUUUUCCCUGUAAUCAAGAAGGAUCUCACCUUCCUGCAUGAAGGAAAUGACUCGAAGGUGGACGGUUUGGUGAACUUUGAGAAACUGCGGAUGAUUGCUAAAGAGAUCAGACAUGUAGGCCGAAUGGCAGCUGUAAACAUGGACCCUGCUCUGAUGUUCAGAACCAGGAAGAAGAAAUGGAGGAGUUUAGGGUCACUCAGCCAGGGGAGUGCCAAUGCGGCCGUCCUGGAUGUAACCCAGACGGGCGGGCACAAGAAGCGGGUCAGACGGAGUUCCUUCCUCAAUGCCAAGAAGCUGUAUGAGGAUGCACAGAUGGCACGCAAGGUCAAACAAUACCUGUCCAACCUCACCCUGGAGACGAAUGAGGAGAGCUUGCAGACACUCUCAAUUCAGUGUGAGCCUUCAGUCAACACAUUGCCGAAGAGUUCCGGGGACAGGAAAAGACCCGACACAUCGCCUGUAGUUGCACGGGCCGCCGCUCACCAGCGCCAGCAGCUUCAGAAAGCCAACCAGGGGCUUCAAGUGCCUGCCGUAGCCCUUUACCCAUCACGCAAGAAAGUGCCAGUCAAAGACUUGCCACCAUUUGGCACAAGCUCACCACAGUCUCUGAAAAAGAUACUGUCCCUUUCAGAGGAGGCAGGAGAGAGACACAGGAAACAGACAGAGGAUAGUGUGUCCAACAACUCCUCACAGCUUUCGUCUCCUCCUACAUCUCCUCACAGCUCACCUAAGAAAGGUUAUGGAAGAGCAGGUGACUACCUGUCGGACUCUGGCCACAGUGAGAUCUCCUCACGCUCCAGUCUGGUGAGCACCUCCUCCCUGGAUAUGGGACAAGAUGAACGCAGGCAUCGAUAUGGAGUAAUUGCUGGGGAGGCCCAUGGCAGUAGCCACCGGCUAGAACGCAGGGCUACUGCUGAUCCCGACCAGUACAGCUUGGGGUCCUACUCAUCAAUGCAGGACUGCCGGGGUCUGUAUGCGGGCGCCACCGUGCUGUCUUCCCCCAGCUCAGAGGAGCUUACCCAGGACCAAGGUGACCGAGUGUCUCUCGAUGCUGCUGAUUCUGGUCGUGGCAGCUGGACCUCAUGUUCCAGCGGCUCCCAUGACAACAUUCAGACCAUGCAGCAGGGCCGUAGCUGGGAGGCACUUGCAGAGGGUGCAGGGCUUUGGGGAAGCAGAGGAAGCUGGGCGUCUGCCUGCUCCUCUUCGUCCUCUGUGGCAUGUUGGGGCGAGGAAUCUGAGGGAGACACAGGCACCAUCAAACGGAGAGGAGGGAGGGAUGUGACCACAGACCCAGAGACCAGCAGCAUCACUUCCACUGGUUCAGAAGAGUCCAGACAGCACAGUCGACGCCCCUCACCCAUCACUGCAGGCAACACCAAAGCUGUGAUCACACGGAAGGACGGUCGUUACCGGGAUCCUCCUCCCACGCCACCGGGCUACACAGCACUGAGUAUCACAGACGUAACUGAGGGUACGGCUCACUCGGGCAGGAGACCACCAGACUACACCACCGCCUUGCAGCGCUCCCGUCUUGUCACACAUUCCCCCGACUCCCACCACCCCCCAGCUGCGGGAAAACCCACCCAUUCGCUGGACCCCCGUGGCCGAGAAGAGGAGGAGGCAGAGGAGGUGGAAGAGGAGGGUGAGUGCUUGUCUCCCAAACUCAGAGCUCAAAGGAGGAGAGGUCCACACACAGCAGUUCCCCCCAGGCCAUGAGUUACAUACACCACCCCAACAGGAAGAGGAUGAACAGGUGUCUGCUGUUUGAAAAGGGGGCGACACUGGCUGCACUGCUGCAUUAACUGAUGGCCCAUAUGGGGCAUUCACAGGUCCGACAGACAGACCAUCCAGUCUACAUUUUGACGGCACUGCCUCUCUCCCUCCUUAAUGAUGGAUUCAUCUCCCUUCCCUGCCUUAAUGCAUCAUGGGGGGUUUAAUGCCCUGCAUGCUAAGAAAUACUGUGAAGAAAGUAGGCGUGCAAAAAAAUAACUUAUUUGGCACUUUGGAGAAUGGAAAAAUGUACUGAACUGAAACUCGAACACAGCGCUUUAACAUUCACACACACACACACACACACACACACACA